AUGUCAGCAUACAGCGCGCAUGGCGCAAACAGCAAUAGGUUGCGACACCACACAGGCGGCAACGGCGGCUAUCCAAACACACCCAACCCAUUCCAGCAGUAUGAGCAGGAGAACGACCCCAACGGCAAGGACUCGCGGCUGAAGAACAAGAUAAUAAUGCUUAAGGAGGUGAGCAUAAGUAUUGGCGACGAGAUACGCGACCAAAACCAGUUUUUGACAACUGUGGGCGAUGACAUGGAGAGCAUGGGCGGGCGGCUCAAGGCCACAAUGAGGCACUUCAACGACAUGUUGGCGCGGCAAGGGUGCGGGCCAUUUUUCUACCUGACAAUAUUUGCCAUUGCCGUGUUUGUCUUCUUGUACAUGUAUUUGAAAGCGCGGUAG